GCUUGAUAACAAAAAUCAUGAAAGUAUUAACUUUGUUUUUAUUUAUGUUUUUAGAUGGCUUGGAGUGGUACGUCCUUUCAUGUCAAUGUCCAAUAAGACCAGACUUGUUGCUUAUUUUGUUAAUAGACAAACUAUAGGGGUCUGAAUUCUCUCUAAAUAUAGCAACCAAGUUGCUAAGUUGGCAACAGCGAUCCCACGUCUUUAUUCUCUGGCAGUCCAGGUGCGUGUGAGCGUUAAGAGGUGAGUGAGUUACGAUCCCAUCUGCUAUAUUGAUUUGUGACGAUCAGCUCUAUUCAGACAGUCCCAUUAUAAUGUGUUGAUGAGCAAGGGCGUAACAGCUACCGCGGAAUCUAAAGGUGUGGGUCCAAAAAUAUGCAUGGCUGGCCGCCACAAACAAACUAAUUUAUGAGAAUUUAUGCUCUACCUUUCCACAGGGAGGACCUGACAACAAGCCGAACAAGUACAGAAGACAGCCGCGCACAAAAAGGGCGCGCACAGGGCCCAAAAAGACAAGAUGGUGGUGAUUGCCAGCGUCCCGACAAUCUGAUUGGAUGAUGGAUGGAGCAGCAGAUCCCUGAAGUGCUGAAGUGUUGGUACAUCUUCCGCAAGGAGGCAGUAAAUCAGGAUGUCUGCGCACUGAGAUGAACAUACGGAGGAAUUGCAAAGUUUAGUUGCAUUUUUGGUUCAUUCAUUCAGAAGUUCCUCCAGCGACCUCGCCGUCAUGGGACCCGUCUUCCUCAACCUGUCGGCGCUUUUCAUCUUGCAGCGCCCUGUCAACGACACGCCGUCCGAGAAGACGGUGUACGAGGGCUGCAGGGACAUGCCGGCCGUCCUCAUCUGGUACCUGGGCCUGCAGUUCAUCAACAUGUUCCUGGGCAUACCGGCCAACAUCAUGGUGCUGUGGCUCAUCCACAAGAACAAGGGCGACUCCUCCACGUCGGACAUCUUCAUCAUGCACCUGGCCGUGCUGGACGUCCUCUUCUGCCUCAUCCCUCCCUUGGAGCUGGCCAACAUCAUCUUCCUCACCACCAGCAGCACCUGGUACGUCCUGCGCUUCUUCUACGGCAUGAAGGACUCCUCGCCGCUCUUCCUCUCCUGCAUCUGCCUGGACCGCUACGUGGCCGUGGCGCACCCCAUCACUUUCACCCGGCUGAAGGACCGCCAGCACCGGGCGGCCCUCGCCAUGCUGGUGUGGCUGGUCACCCUGGCGUACGCCGCCGCCAAGUGCGUGGGCAACAUUGUCAACUUCGAGAAGGUCUUCACGGCCAUGAUCCUCGCCGCCUUCGCCCUCAUGGUGUUCUGUAACAUCGCCAUCCUGUGGAUGCUGCAGCAGUCCGGGCCCGGCCGAGACGAGAUGCACCCGGUGAAGAAGAGGGCCUUCAAGAUGGUGCUCAUCAUCUUAGCCAUCAUCGUGUUCAACUACUUCCCGCCCGUGGCGCUCUUCCCCUUCCAGCACUACUUCUCGCCCGACGUUUUCCGCUGCUACAUCCACUACGUGGCUUUCGGGCUGAUGGACUUCAGCAGCAGCAUCCAGCCCAUGCUCUACCUGUCCAAGGAGAAGGUGUCCUGUCCCGGAUGUUGCCAGGACAACUCCACACGCCUUCAGUAGCUUGUCCGAUGUGAAGUGAAGUGAAGUGGGCAAAAAAAGUAUUUAGUCAGC